AUGCCACCGAGACGUCGUGGAGGUCCUGCCAAGGCGCCGCCCGUCAAACGGCCUUCGAAGCUCGCGAAAGAGAAUGGCAUAACCGCGGAGCAAGAGGCUGAGAUACGCGAAGCAUUUGGUCUCUUUGCUGUGUCGCAUCCCGAACAUGAAGACUCUAAAGAAGGUGUAUUGAAGAAAAGCGAUGUGCGCAGGUGUUUGACCUCGCUGAAUCUCACGCCUGACAAGUCCGAGAUGUCUUCUAUCCUGUCCACCAUCGACCCCCUCAAUACGGGCUAUGUCGAGUUUGUGCCCUUCCUUUCAUACGCCGCUAUCGCCAUACACUCAAAGGAGCACGGGUCCGAUGAAGACGAAGAAGACGAAGACUACCAGGGAGAGAGCAAUGCAGAAGAAGUUAACGCGGCAUAUCAACUCUUCACCCAUGGCGCUUCGGGACCGAUAACGCUUGCGCAUUUGAGGAGGGUAGCGAAGGAGUUGCGAGAGGACGUGCCAGACGACAUCUUGAAGGAUAUGAUCCUUGAGGCGAAUGGUGGGGUCAAGGGACAGGGAAAAGAUGUCGGAGGGUGCCAAGAUUCAGGGACCUCACUCAACAAGCACACGAACACGAAUGCAACAGACUUGGGUUACGCCAAUCGCAUUCGAACAUAUCACCCUACCGCUCUGAACAGUUACUCCUGUUCUCAGCUCAAUGAUCGCGCCCUAAACCGUGGACCCUUUUCUCCCCUCGUGUCCCCUGGUUCCAUGUCCAGCGGAGUCGAAGUCCCCGGAAGCCAACGACGUCCCGGCAUCUGGUCCUACUUUAGCUUUUCUGGCCCACGCCGCCGCGUCUCCGUCUCUCUACCACGCAACUUCGACCCUAGUCGCGACUCCAGCGACCCCAACGCCAAAGCCGACAGACACUCGCGACAUCGGUCGACGUAUUCGGACGCAUUCAUGAACGACCACAAGGGCAGCGCCGUUAUGAAUCAAGGGCAGCGAAUGCGCUACCUCAAGACAGGUGGCGUUAUCGCAUUCAUACUGCUUGUAUUAUAUUUCGUCGCACCACGAGAUGGCCUGUCAAGCCCGGCGGUAUCGCAUCCAUCAGGCGGAAACACAGCAGCUGGCGAUGCACAGGCACAAUGCACAAAGUCCUACUCCAAGGACAAGCCGCUCAUCCAAUACGCUCUCAUGGUCGAUGCCGGCAGUACAGGCUCCCGCAUCCACGUUUACAAGUUCAACAACUGCGGCCCAAGCCCUGAACUCGAGAGCGAGAACUUCGAGAUGACGCCAAAGAGAGAAGGGGGCUCCGGCCUUUCGGCAUAUGGCGAUAACCCGGAGGCUGCUGCGAAGAGCCUCGACGUCCUAAUGGAUGUUGCGCUUAAGAACGUGCCCAAGGAAUACCAGUCAUGCACACCCAUUGCUGUAAAGGCAACAGCUGGUCUCCGCAAGCUCGGUGAGGAGAAGAGCAACGCCAUCCUUGCUGCAGUGCGCCGCCACCUCGACAACGACUACCCCUUCCCCCUUGUCUCCGAAGAGAAAAACGGUGUAGAGGUCAUGCCCGGCGAGAUGGAGGGUGUUUACGCAUGGAUUACCGUCAACUACCUCCUAGGCAAGAUUGGCGGCCCAGACAAGAACCCCACCGCCGCUGUCCUCGAUCUCGGCGGCGGCUCCACGCAAAUCAUCUUCGAGCCCACCUUCCCCGAUACCCCCCGCGGCGGACUCCCCACCAAGCUUGCAGAGGGGGACCACAAGUACGCACUCAACUUCGGUAACCGCAACUUCAACCUCUACCAGCACUCGUACCUAGGCUAUGGUCUCAUGGAAGCCCGCAACAACCUCCACAGCACCGUUCUCGCCGGUCUCCACGAGAUGAACAAGGACAACAGAGAAUACCUGAAGAAGCCCAUUGUAAACCCUUGCAUCGCACCCGGCAUGACCCGCGAAAUCGAAGUGCAGCUGCCCAAGGGCCACGCACUCGGUGACUCCAUCACCGUAAACAUGACCGGACCUUCUACAGCCUCCCCCACCCAAUGCCGUGGUUUGGCCGAGAAGACCCUCCACAAAGAUGACGAAUGCGCCAUCGCACCCUGUGCCUUCCGCGGUGUUCAUCAACCUCCUUUCGAGCAGACUUUCGCUACCGAAGCCGUGUACCUCCUCUCCUACUUCUACGACCGCACCCAGGAUCUCGGUAUGCCUGAGUCCUUUACUCUACGUGAGUUGCAGAACCUAGCGGAUAAGGUGUGCACCGGUGAGAAGGGUUGGGAUUCUUUUAGCGCUGUGCCGAAUGCGAUUGAGGAGCUCAAGGGCAGGCCGGAGUGGUGUCUUGAUCUCAACUUCCAGUAUGAGUUGUUGAGGAGUGGGUACGGCAUGCCUAUCGAUCGCGAGGUGAAGAUCGCGAAGAAGAUCAAGGGUAACGAGUUGGGAUGGUGUUUGGGUGCUAGUCUUCCGCUACUUGAAGCCAACUCCGGCUGGCAAUGCAAGAUUAAGCAGGUCCAAUAG